AUGUCACUCAAUACUGAAGAUGAAUUAUAUCCUAUUGUCAUCGAUAAUGGUUCUGGUACAAUCAAAGCCGGUUUUCCUACUGAUGAUAAACCUCGAGUAAUUUUUCCUACCGUAAUUGGUCGUCUACGUUAUCCGAAAACUCUAUAUGAAACGAGUCAAUAUAUUGGAGGCGAAGCAAUAAAAAGUAAAGAAAUUUUAUCUAUUCAUUAUCCAAUUGAACAUGGUAUUAUUACAAAUUGGGAUGAUAUGGAAAAAAUUUGGCAUCAUACUUUUGCUAAUGAACUUCGUGUUGCACCAGAAGAACAUCCGAUUUUACUUAGUGAAGCACCAUUAAAUCCUAAAGCUAAUCGUGAAAAAAUGGCAAAAAUUCUUUUUGAACAAUUUAAUACACCUGCUAUGUAUGUAGCUAAUCAGGGUGUUCUUUCUUUUUAUAGUUUAGGUAAAACAGCUGGUGUAAUUCUUGAAAUUGGUGAUGAUGUUUCACAUAGUGUACCAAUCAAUGAAGGUUAUGCUAUACCACAUGCAAUUAAUCGUCUCGAUAUAGCUGGACGAGAUUUAACUGAUUUCAUGGUUCGACUAUUAGCUGAACGUGGUUAUACAUUUACAACGACAGCUGAACGUGAAAUUGUUCGAGAUAUUAAAGAAAAUCUUGGUUAUAUUGCAUUAGAUUUUGAACAAGAAUUAUUAGCAUCAAUUCAUUCAAAUAAUAUUAAGGAGAGUUAUAAAUUGCCAGAUGGUGAAAUAGUAACUAUUGAUAAUGAACGUUUUCGAUGUUCUGAAGCACUUUUUGUACCAGCUAUAAUGAACCGAGAAGAGCCUGGUAUUGCUGAAACGGUUUAUAGUACAAUUAUGAAAUGUGAUAUUGAUAUUCGAAAAGAAUUAUAUUUAAAUACUGUUCUUUCAGGAGGAACAACAAUGUUUUCAGGAAUUGUUGAUCGAAUGCAAAAAGAAAUAACAGCAUUAGCUCCAUCAACAGUGAAAAUUCGUAUUAUUGCUCCUCAAGAACGAAACUAUGCAGUUUGGAUUGGUGGUUCAAUUCUUAGUUCAUUAUCAACAUUUCAAACAAUGUGGAUAACAAAACAAGAAUAUAAUGAAUUUGGUCCAUCGAUUGUACAUCGAAAAUAUUUUUAA